GUCAGUCCAUUGGCGCGCUUAGUUCACUCCAAGACAGUCUACAAUGAAAUACCUGGCAAUUAUUGCUCUGCUUUUGCCCCUCGUCUAUGGCGCUGUGGUGCCAAGGUCCCAGCAAGCCGAUGUGGAUCUUAUUCCCGAUAUUUCCACGGCCGAGGAUGGCAAGGAUAGCAUUCUGAUCCCCGAUAUGUCGGUGGCCAGCGAUGCUGAUGAAACCGUGCCCAGCAAAUCCUUCCGUCAGCUAUUCCGUAAGGAGGAAGCUUCUGUGCCCGAUAUGUCCGUCGCUGCCGAGGCUGAGGAUAACCACACUGCCCAGGCUAAGGUUCAGGUUCCCGACAUGUCCGUUGCCGCCGAUGCUCUAGACAAAGUUGAGGCUAAUGUCGAUCUUGUACCCGACAUGUCCGUUGCCGCCGAUGCUCUGGACAAGGUUGAAGCUAAUGUCGAUCUUGUACCCGACAUGUCCGUCGCCAGCGAUGCCCUGUAAACCGUGUGUUAACAAAACAAGCAGAAAAUCCGUCUCUUAAUAUUAACUAUGUUUAUGUGUAUUGUAUUUUUAAGUUUUUCUAUUUAUAUCAGCAGCAAUAAUAAAUUACAAAGACUUCGUUUAGAAGUGCGCAUUGA